AAAACUCUCGGCUAGGUUCGUGUUCGUGCGUCUCUCGAUUACUCAUACGCGGGCUACGUCACGACUGCGCGGCGUCUUCGAGUCGUGAUAUAGUAAAUGCUUGGUGCAAUGUUCCUGCGGCGAAGUGACUUUUGCUCAAAUGUAAAAAUGCUGAAACGAAAGCAAAAUUGCAACUAAAAUUCAAACAAACAACAAAUUAAACGAAAACCAAAGAGUGCGCGAAAGUGCGAGAGAGAGAGAGACAGAGAGUGAAGUGUAUAAUGUUUGAUGUGCCGCCCAAGUGUCCAGCGCUGGCAAACAGACUGAGCGGCCUCUUCGGCUGGCGUCACACUUAUAAAGUGGCCGCCAAGCACGAGGGGAUACCCCAUGGCAAUCUACACAAAUCCUAUUCGCUGACGCUGCCCAAGCGGCCGCCAUCGCCCAGUUAUGCCUGCGUGAAGGAAGCCGACUCCUGGGUGGCUGUGCAUCAUCUGCAGACGCAGUCCGGCAUCUUGGAUCCGGAUGACUGUGUGCGCGAUGUGGCCGACGAUCGGGAGCAGAUACUGGCGCAUUAUGAGGACUCCGGCCCGGAUCCGGGUGUGCCGCAGGGCGGCGGCGAUGGCGCCUCCGGCAGCAGCUCCGUGGGCACUGGCUCGCCGGACAUAUUCCGCGAUCCCACCAACACAGAGGCGCCCACGCGUGAUGUCUCCACGCCACACAUUGAGGUGACCAGCACGACGUCCGGUCCGCUGGCCGGCCUGGGUGUGGGUCUGAUGGUGCGCCGCAGCAGCGAUCCCAAUCUGCUGGCCUCGCUCAAGGCGGAGGGCAGCAACAAGCGCUGGUCGGCGGCGGCGCCACAUUACGCUGGCGCGGAUUCGCCGGAGCGUCUGCUGCUGGACAAGGCGGGCGGGCAGCUCUCGCCGCAGUGGGAGGAGGAGGAUGAUGUGACUGCGACGCAGCUCAAGGAGCAGCUGCAGCAACAGCAACAACAGCAGCAGCAAGUGCAUCCCACUGGUGUCGCUCAUCAGCCCUUUGCGCGCUCCGGGCGACUCUCGAUGCAGUUCCUGGGCGAUGGUACCGGCUACAAGUGGAUGGAGGCGGCCGAGAAGCUGCAGCAGCACACAUCCCAUCCAGCGGUGCAUGCUGCACAUGCUCAGCCACUGGCCGGCUCCUCGCUGCCCAGCAGCGCCUACUCCAGCAAGUCGCUGCCGCGCGAGAGCAAACGCAAGGAGCCGCUGGGCCAGGCCUAUGAGUCCAUACGCGAGAAGGACGGCGAGAUGCUGCUCAUCAUCAACGAGUAUGGGAGUCCGCUGGGCCUGACCGCACUGCCCGACAAGGAGCAUGGCGGCGGACUGAUCGUCCAGCAUGUGGAGCCCGGAAGUCGCGCCGAGCGUGGACGCCUGCGCCGGGAGGAUCGCAUCCUGGAGAUCAAUGGCAUCAAGCUGAUGGGCCUGAGCGAGUCCCAGGUGCAGGAGCAACUGCGUCGCGCUCUCGAGUGCUCCGAGCUACGCGUGCGCGUCAUACGCGCCGAACAGCAGCGACGCCAGCAGCAGAAGCGACUGCGCGAGUCCGGCAAGGAUGCGGACAUGCUGGAGGUGGCCACAGUGUCGCCCACGCGCAAGCCGCACGCCGCUCCAGUGGGCACCUCGCUCCAGGUGGCCAACACGCGCAAGCUGGGCCGCAAGAUUGAGAUUCUGCUGAAGAAGGGACCCAACGGCUUGGGCUUCUCGGUGACCACGCGCGACAAUCCCGCGGGCGGACACUGCCCCAUCUAUAUCAAGAACAUUCUGCCACGUGGCGCGGCCAUCGAGGACGGACGCCUGAAGCCCGGCGACCGGCUGCUCGAGGUGGACGGCACGCCCAUGACGGGCAAGACCCAAACGGAUGUGGUGGCCAUACUGCGUGGCAUGCCCGCUGGCGCCACCGUGCGCAUUGUGGUCUCCCGCCAGCAGGAGCUGGCCGAGCUGCCCGUGGGUUCGACUGAGCCGCUGGAGAAGCCAGCGCCAGUGCCAGUGCCAGCCACAGUUCCAGUAGUGGCGGCGGCGGCGGCCAACAGUUCCUCGACGCCCAUCCAGGUGGUGCAAAAGUCGAGCAGCGCCCGCUCGCUCUUCCAGCAGGCGGCACAGCAGCAGCAGCUCAACGAAUCUCAGCACUUCAUCGACGCGGGCAGCGAAUCCGCCGCCUCCAAUGACAGUCUGCCGCCCAGCAGCAGCAACUGGCAGUCGCGGGAGGAGCUGACACUGCACAUACCCGUCCAUGAUACGGAGAAGGCGGGACUGGGCGUCAGCGUCAAGGGCAAGACGUGCUCCAACCUGAACGCCUCGGGCGUCAGUAUUGCCAGCGGCGGCGGCGUCAAGCACGACGGCGACUUGGGCAUCUUUGUCAAGAAUGUGAUCCAUGGAGGCGCCGCCUCGCGCGACGGACGCCUGCGCAUGAACGAUCAACUGCUGAGCGUCAAUGGCGUCUCGCUGCGCGGCCAGAACAAUGCGGAGGCCAUGGAGACACUGCGUCGCGCCAUGGUCAGCAAGCCGGGCAAGCAUCCGGGCACCAUUACUUUGCUCGUCGGACGCAAGAUCCUGCGCUCCGCCAGCUCCAGCGACAUCUUGGAGCAGCACAGAGAGAGCCACAGCAACAGCAACAACAACAGCAGCUCCAAUGCCAGCGACAACUCCGGCGCCACAGUCAUCUAUCUGAGUCCGGAGAAGCGCGAGACGCCACGCAACGCCAGCGGCAGCGGCUCCCAUGCGCCAGGCAGCGCCGGCAGCGAUAUGAACAGAUGGAGCAAUCCCGUUUUGGAACGUCUAACCGGUGGCAUUUGCUCCAACAACAACGCGCCGCAGCAGCAACAGCAGCAGCAGCAGCAACAACAUCAACAGCAGCAACCAGCGCAGCAGCCAUGCUCAAGCCAAUCCCAGCGUCGUCCAGUGCCGCCGCCUGCAUCGCUGCGCAAUGAGAGCUACUACAUGGCCACCAAUGACAACUGGUCGCCGGCGCAGCUGCAGCUCCAGCUGCUCAAUGGACACGGCAACACCGCGCUCCUCAUCGAAGACGAUACCGCCGAGCCCAUGUCGCCGACAUUGCCGCUGCGCUCACACGAUGCCGUGCACUGCAGCUCGAGCAGCGCCAACAACACAUCGCAGUCGCAGUCGCAGUCGCAGUGCCCGACGCCGGGGGGCGUGGUCGGCGCUGGAGCUGGCGGCCAAGCCGGAGCGGGCAACUUUGAUGCCACAUACUCGUCGCAGCUGAGCCUGGAGACGAACAACUCGGGCGUGGAGCACUUCUCGCGCGACGCUCUGGGCCGUCGCAGCAUCUCGGAGAAGCAUCAUGCGGCGCUGGAUGCGCGCGAGACGGGCACGUAUCAGCGGAACAAGAAGCUGCGCGAGGAGCGGGAGCGCGAGCGGCGCAUACAGCUGACCAAGUCGGCCGUCUAUGGCGGCUCCAUUGAGUCGCUCACUGCGCGCAUUGCCAGCGCCAAUGCGCAGAUGGCAGCGGCGGCGGCGGCGGCGGCAGCAGCGGGCUAUAAGCACGCCAAGACCGCGUCGCACAUUGAGCAGCGGGAGCGGGAGCUGCAGCAGCAGCUGCUGGCUGCGGCCGAGGCGGAGGCGCGCGAUCAGCUGGGCCAGCUGGGACCGUCGCUGGGGCUGAAGAAGUCCUCGUCGCUGGAGUCGCUGCAGACGAUGGUGCAGGAGCUGCAAAUGUCCGACGAGCCGCGUGCUCAUCAUGCGCUGAGAGCGCCACGUGGACGCGGACGCGAGGAUUCGCUGCGCGCUGCAGUUGUCAGCGAGCCGGACGCCAACAAGCCACGCAAGACUUGGCUGCUGGAGGAUGGCGACCAUGAGGGCGGCUUCGCCUCGCAGCGCAACGGACCCUUCCAGAGCUCGCUCAACGAUGGCAAACAUGGCAGCAAGUCGCGUGCCAAGAAGCCGAGCAUCUUGCGCGGCAUUGGGCACAUGUUCCGCUUUGGCAAGAAUCGCAAGGACGGCGUCGUGCCCGUGGACAGCUACGCCAGCGGCUCCCAAAUCGCGGUCUCGUCCAGCGCUACGCUGCCCAAUGCAGCGACGCAGCAGCAGCAACAACAACAACAGCAGCAGCAACAAAUUCCCGCUGCAGCGCUCGCUGCUCUGGAGCGCAAUGGCAAACCGCCCGCCUAUCAGCCACCGCCACCGCUGCCAGCGCCAAAUGCAGCGGGUGGCGGUGGUGCCGCUCCAGCGUCAGUGGUCAACGGCAAUGGAGUCAAUGCGCUCAAUGGGGGCAUUCAUCAGAACGAUAUAUUCAAUCAUCGCUAUCAGCACUAUGCCAACUAUGAGGAUCUGCAUCAGAAUCCCAUUAGCGAUACUUACGAUAUAUCGGAAACGCUCUCGGAGUCAACGCUCGAGUGCAUGCGUCAACAGGUGAUCAGGCAGCGCAUCAAGGUCGAGGCCGAAAGUCGCCGGCAUCAGCAUUACCAUUCGCAGCGCAGCGCGCGCUCCCAGGACAUCAGCUUACAUUCCAACUCCUCCCAGCAGCAGCAGCAGCAGUCACUGCAACCGCCGCUGCCGCCAGCCAAUGGCAUGCGACCCAUGAGCAGCUACUACGAGUACGACACAGUCCAGCAGCAACAGCAGCAUCAACAGCAGCAACGCGUGGGCAGCAUCAAGCACAGCCACAGCCAGAAUCACAAUCACAGCCACAGCCAGAGCCAGAGCCAGAGCAACAGCUCAGCCUCGCCCAUCAGCGUCAACGUGGUCAACGGUCAGCCGCACUGGAAGGCAGCAGCGCUGAAUGGCUACUCGCCGGCCUCGCUCAACAGCAGCGCACGCAGUCGCGGACCCUUUGUUACCCAAGUGACCAUACGCGAGCAAAGUGGCAUGCCACAGCAGCUCCAGCUCCAGCAGCAGCAGCAGCCCACCUACCAGACUGUGCAAAAGAUUGUCAGCGCGCAGUCGCAGUACGGCAGCGCCGCCGGACCACAGCCGCAUGCCUCCAAGGUGUGACUAUAGGUGCUGGCGCAUGCGCGCGCCACACGCGACGUGCUCGUCGAGAGCCCAGGCCCCAGUCUAAGUCUGAGUCUGAGCCAGCGACAGGCGCAGAGCAUGCAGCUCAGCGAGGUGGAGAUCUUCUACUAUGCCACCGAAUGUUGAACUGCCAGCUCUCUGCUCCAACGACUGGCACUGAUCGUGUUGCGUGUGCGUUGCAAGCGUCCGGCAAUAGCAAUCAACUGGCAAGCAGUUCUACAUAUAUAACAUAAGUUCUAAGUAUCAUUUGACACACACACACACACACACACACAUAUGCAUAUCUAAUUAAGUUCAUUGUACACUGAAAGUAUUCCAAGUUGAUAGCGCGCAUAUAUUAUUAUAUAUAAUAAAUGCCCAAAGAACAUUUCUACUGGCAACGAAAAAUUCCAUUUGAUUUACUUAAUUUAAUUACUUAAUUGUAUUAAGCCAACAUGUACUGCAUAAAUAAUUGUAUUUAAUUUUCUACGUCUAAGUCAGAGGCACCCUGUAUAUAAACAAUUGCAAUAUCAAGCAAAAUUAUGGCAAAUACUUAAAUUGCAAGUCACAAAUUUCACAUUUUGUUACCAUUUCAUUUAAGCCAAAUUGAAAGCUGUAAAUACUUGACCGAAGCACACACACACACACACAUACCAUUUACUACACAUACAUACAUAUACAUACAUAUAUUGUAAUAUCUAUUUACAUUGAUUUUUUUGCCUAGCUUUAAGGCAGUCGCCAUUUUUGCAAAGUGAAAAAGUGAAACUUAAUGCAAAUCUAUUGAAUACGGUUUUUUUUUAUUAUUAUUAUUUUUUUUCUACGACUAUAUGUGCAGCUAAAAUAAAAAUUAUAUAUAUUAUAUAUGUAUAUCUACAUAGCUAGCUUGUAAGCCAUCUAACGAACAUUGUGCAGCUAACCCGGCCAAAAUGUAACCGGAAUUUCGAAAGACGCAACUCUAGGUUAAGCGAACAUGAACCAUGUAUUAAACGAAUUAAGUAUUUUUGUAAAUUGCAAUAAUUGUUGCGAAUUAUAUUAAAAAAACAAA